AUGGCGACAUCAAUGCCCACGCUGGCCAAUUUUGAUGUCCACUCCGACCCUUCCUCGCUAUUUUCUCGCUGGCAGAAAUGGAUUAGGAGGUUUGAAGGUGCUAUGACAGGGUUUGGCAUCACAGAUGACGGCAGGAAGAAGGCGUUACUUCUACACUACGGGGGAGAAGACCUGGACGAUGUCUUCCAGACUAUCAAACUCACUGACAACACAUAUACCAAGGCCAAAGAGGUGUUGGAAACGUACUUCCAACCAAAGCAGAACACCCUGUAUGAAACAAUAAUUUUCAGAAGGGAACAUCAGCUGCAGGGAGAGAGCAUCGAUCAAUACUGCACUCGGUUGAGAAAACUAGCAGAACGAUGCAAUUUCACGGAUGCAGAGCGGGAAAUCAAAACCCAAAUCAUCGAGGAUUGCCUAUCCAGUCAGCUUCGGAGGAAGGCGCUGGAGAAAGAUCGCGGGCUGGAAGAGAUAAUCGAACUAGCACGAUCCAUCUCACUGUCGGAAACCCGCACAAAGGAGGUUGAGCAUGUAGGACGUGCGGAAGCUAAUCACCUCCGUACAGCUGCAGGAAAGCAGAAGCAGAGUCGCUCAUGGGUCAAGGCCAAGCUCAAACCUACUCCUGAUCAUAAGCAACAAUGCUAUCACUGUGGCGGGAGCUAUCCGCAUACCAAGAAGUGUCCUGCAAAAGGAAUGACCUGCAACGCCUGUGGAAAACCCAAUCAUUUUGCAAAAGUUUGCAAAUCUGCCGAGAAAUCUACAAAAGACCAGAAAAAGAGGGUGAAAAGCGGAGGCAAGGCUAAUGCGCUAACAUCUGUAGAGGAUGCAGAGGAGACCAGUGAUAGUGAUUAUGUCUUCCAACUCUCUUCAUCGGAUACUGACCAGCCUCGAGCUACAGUUUGCGUAAACAACACUCCAGUUCAAGCUCUCAUCGACUCGGGUGCAACUGUAAACGUCAUGAGCAGAAAAACAUACAAUCUGACUGCCCGAAACUUAACAGGAAUCGACACAAGGUGA